CCAGGGAUUCUAGUACCAGAGGCUUUGGGAUUGGGCAACUGGGUGAAGGCACAAGAGUGGGCUGCCGUUCCAGGAGGCCAAGCCACCUACUUAGGCAACCCAGUUCCAUGGGGCACAUUGCCUACAAUUUUGGUCAUCGAGUUCCUUUCCAUUGCUUUCGUAGAGCACCAACGCAGCAUGGAAAAGGACCCGGAGAAGAAAAAAUACCCUGGUGGGGCUUUUGACCCCUUGGGCUACUCCAAGGACCCUAAGAAGUUUGAGGAAUACAAAGUCAAGGAGAUCAAAAACGGCCGGCUCGCAUUGUUGGCUUUUGUUGGUUUCGUUGUUCAACAAUCGGCGUACCCUGGCACCGGACCUUUGGAGAAUUUGGCCACUCACUUGGCUGACCCAUGGCACAAGAACAUUGGGGACGUCAUUAUCCCAAAGGGGAUUUUGCCUUGAUUAUCCCAUGCAAUAUUUUGAUUUACACCCACUGUAAAAAUUAAAAUUCCAUGUAACCGUAUGCAAUGAAUCCGAACAUCUUGUCUUUGGCAUGUGUGAGUGAGUUUACAAGCAAACUUUUACCAUCCCCCUUCAUAUGUUAGAUCUAUCUAAAGAACUGUAUUGAAUAUAUCAGUUAGUUCUUUUCUAAUUCUGCUUCAUUAUUCUUCAGUGUGUAUUUCUUUUCUCUUUGAGAAGGGUUGUAAUUUAUGUAUCAAAACAAAAUAAAGACCAUCGAGCAAUAGGACACUGUUAUUUUAUUAA